AGAGAAUCAGGAGCAGCACCUACCACAGAAUCAGAAGCAGCACCUGUCAGAGAAUCAGAAGCAGCACCGGCCAUAGAAUCAGAAGCAGCACCUGCCAUAGAAUCAGAAACAGCACCUGCCAUACAAUCAGAAGCAGCACCUGUCAGAGAAUCAGCAGCACCUGCCAUAGAAUCAGAAGCAGCACCUGCCAGAGAAUCAGAAGCAGCACCUGCCACAGAAUCGGAAGAAGCACCUGCGAUAGAAUUAGAAGCAGCACCUGCCAUAGAAUCAGAAGCAGCACCUGCCAUAGAAUCAGAAGCAUCACCUGCCACAGAAUCGGAAGAAGCACCUGCCAUAGAAUUAAAAGCAGCACCUGCCACAGAAUCAGAAGCAGCACCUGCCAUAGAAUCAAAAGCAGCACCUGCCACAGAAUCGGAAGAAGCACCUGCCAUAGAAUUAGAAGCAGCACCUGCCACAGAAACGGAAGAAGCACCUGCCAUAGAAUUAAAAGCAGCACCUGCCAGAGAAUCAGAAGCAGCACCUGCCAUAGAAUCAAAAGCAGCACCUGCCACAGAAUCGGAAGAAGCACCUGCCACAGAAUCAGAAGAAGCACCUGCCACAGAAUCGGAAGCAGUACCUGCCAUAGAAUCAAAAGCAGCACCUGCCACAGAAUCGGAAGAAGCACCUGCCAUAGAAUUAGAAGCAGCACCUGUCACAGAAUCAGAAGCAGCACCUGCUACAGAAUCAGAAGAAGCACCUGCUACAGAAUCAGAAGCAGCACCUGUCGUAGAUACAGAAGCAGCACCUGCCACAGAGUCGGAAACAGCACCUGCCACAGAAUCGGAAGAAGCACUUGCCAUAGAAUCAGAGGCAGCACCUGUAAUAGAAUCGGAAGCAGCACCUGCCAUAGAAUCAAAAGCAGCACCUGUCACAGAAUCAGAAGAAGCACCUGCCACAGAAUCGGAAGCAGCACCUGCCACAGAAUCAGAAGAAGCACCUGCCAUAAAAUUAGAAGCAGCACCUGCAACAGAAUCGGAAGCAGCACCUGCCAUAGAAUCAGAAGCAGCACCUGCAACAGAAUCGGAAGCAGCACCUGCCAUAGAAUCAGAAGCAGCACCUGUCAUAGAAUCAGAAGCAGCAACUGCCACAGAAUCGGAAGCAGCACCUGCCAUAGAAUCAAAAGCAGCACCUGUCACAGAAUCAGAAGAAGCACCUGCCACAGAAUCGGAAGCAGCACCUGCCACAGAAUCAGAAGAAGCACCUGCUACAGAAUUGGAAGCAACACCUGCCACAGAAUCGAAAGCAGCACCUGAUACAGAAUCAGAAGAAGCACCUGCCACAGUAUCAGGAGAAGCACCUGCCACAGAAUCAGAAGCAGCAUCUGACACAGAAUCAGAAGAAGCACCUGCCACAGAAUCAGAAGCAGCAUCUGACACAGAAUCAGAAGAAGCACCUGCCACAGAAUCGGAAGAAGCACCUGUCACAGAAUCAGAAGCAGCAUCUGACACCGAAUCAGAAGAAGCACCUGCCACAGAAUCAGAAGCAGCACCUGCUACAAAAUCAGAAGCAACACCUGUCACAGAAUCAGAAGCAGCACCUGCCACAGAAUCAGAAGCAGCACCUUCUACAGAAUCGAAAGCAGCACCUUCUACAGAAUCGAAAGCAGCACCUGCAACAGAAUUGGAAGCAGCACUUACCCCUGUAGCAGAUGCAGGUCCUAUCACUGUAACAGAUGCAGCACCUGUCACUGUAGCAGAUGCUGCACCUGUCACUGUAGCAGAUGCAGCACUUGUCACUGUAGCAGAUGCAGCACUUGUCACUGUAGCAGAUACAGCACUUGUCACUUUAGCAGGUGCAGCACUUGUCACUGUAGCAGAUGCAGCACCUGUCACUGUAGCAGAUGCAGCACCUGUCACUGUAGCAGAUGCAGCAAUUGUCACUGUAGCAGAUGCAGCACAUGUCACUGUAGAAGAUGCAGCACCCGUCACUAUAACAGAUGCAGCACCCGCCACUAUAGCAGAGGAAGCACCCGCCACUAUAGCAGAGGAAGCACCUGCUACUGAAAUAUGUCAAGCGUUUACUGCUGGUAUCGAGGCAGCAUUUGCUGAUACAGCAGGAGCUGUUGAUGAAGUCGCGGAAGCACCUGUCGCUGAGGCAAAGGCAGCACCCAAUACUGUUGCAGAACUCGCCGUUGAAGCAGAGGCCACUGAAGCAGAGGCCAUUGAAGCAGAGGCCACUGAAGCAGAGGCCACCGAAGCAGAGGCCACUGAAGCAGAGGCCACUGAAGCAGAGGCCAUUGAAGCAGAGACCACCGAAGCAGAGGCCACCGAAGCAGAGGCCACUGAAGCAGAGGCCACUGAAGCAGAGGCCAUUGAAGCAGAGGCCACCGAAGCAGAGGCCACUGAAGCAGAGGCCACUGAAGCAGAGGCCACUGAAGCAGAGGCCACUGAAGCAGAGUCUGGUGCUGCCAAUGAAGCAGAAGUGAAUGAUGUCAAGGCAGCAUGUGAAGCAAAGAAAACACCAGCUACUGAGUUAGAAGAGAUUGGACUUGCUACCGACAUCGAAGCAGCUGAAGAGGGAUUAACAUCUACAGCAGAUGAAGAGAAAGAAGCAGAGUACGUGUCUGUAUCUAAACCAGCUUUAUCUUUUUUCCAAAGAUUUAUAAGAUUCUUUUUCCGUAGCAAGAGACCAGCGUCGUAGAUAAAGUAGUCCGGGGACCAUCAGGAUUCAUCAAGCAUUUACGCAACCACUUACAAAAGAUGUUCAUCUUUCCUCAAUCAUGGCGCCUUUGUUUACAUUUAUUAAACAGUUUACGGGCUUGG